AUGACCAUGACCCCCGCCCGCCCCACGUUUGACGCGCCUCCCGCAGCUUUGAACCCCUCCGCCCUCACCUCUCCACCCCAGGGGCUCACACUGGAUGAGUACGAGGCGGCCAGGAAGAGCCGCAUCGGCAGCGCCGCCGGCGCCGCCGUUCCGGGAGGCGUGCGGGGCACCAGCGGCGGCGGCGGCGGCGGCGGCGGCGGCGGCGGCGGCGGUCGCGAUGGCGCUGGGGGAGGCGAUGACCUGGCGGCCGCCCUCACGAGCACGAGUGCGGAUCAGAUGCGCAGCGACGAGGAGCUGGCGCGGGAGCUGCAGAGGCAGAUGGAUCUGGAGGAGCAGGGGGAGCCGCCGGCGGGCGGUUACGGCGGCGGCUACGGCGGUGGUUACGGUGGCGAUUACGGCGGCGGUUACGGCGGCGGUUACGGCGGCGGUUAUGGCGGCGGCAACGGCGGUAGAGGAGUUGGAGGGAACGAGGGACGCCAAGGCGGAGGGGGGCGGAUUGGGUUUGGAGCCCGGGGCGCCAGGGGCGGCGAGGGAGCGGCUUACUGGCAUGGCUACAGCGGCGGCGGCGGCGGCGACAGCAGCAGAACGGUCAGGGGCGGCGGUGGUGUCGGCUUUCACCCGGGGUCCAGAGGCGACGGUUUCGGCAGCGGCGCCGGAGGCGGGGCGUCAAGCUACCGCGGCGGCAGGCAUGGCGGCAGGGCUGGGUACGAUGCUGGUGGUGGUGGCAACCGCGCCAGCUUUGGCGGCCGUGGUCAUGGCGGCCUGCGCCAGCAGCAGCAGCAGCAGCAGCAGCAGCAGCAGCAGCAGCAGCAGCAGCAGCAGCAGCAGCAGCAGCAGCAGCAGCAGCAGCAUUCUCUGAUCUCUGAUGGGCAAUGGGGAGACUCAGGUCAGGAGCAACGCGGCGGCCGCGACACCGGGCGUGGCGCGCCGGGAAGCGGUGGCAGCAGCAGAGGCGGUCCGAGCAGGGGGCGGCGGGGCAGACCGUGGUAA